AUGAAACCAUACGCAGGACCAAACUUCUCUUUCUGGGCACGAGGAGGUGCAUUUCUAUGUUCCACUAACCUCUCUCCCUUUGUCGGUCCUAACGUACCCCAGGAGCGGAAAGACCUCAUAUUCCAAGAUCUCUUCGAAAAUCUCCCCAUCAAACAGACUAAGUUCUAUCUGGAGCCCACCAUGUGCGUUACGAAACAUUUUAUCGAUUUACCCAGUACUGUCAUCCUGUUGAAGAUACGAGACCGCCCCGGAAAUAUCACUGUCGAUACGCUCGGCGCAUCCCUCAAUGAUUUCUUGAUAAUUUUCUUCAUCAUAGAUACUCGAGAUCUGUACCAACGACCUGUCGUAGAAUUCAUCGUUGCAGCAUGCCAAGUCAACCCGGACGUCAACUUUGAAGUUUUUGUGCACAAAGCGGAAAGACCCGCAGGAAAACUUUCGUCAGAUACACGGGGCAUCAUGGACCGCUUCCUGGGUGAAUCCCCCGAAUUCGAUCAAAUCACUCUUGAUUUUCACCUCACUUCCAUAUACAACCAUCUCCUGCGAGAGGCGUCCUCUUGUGUCCUUCACAAACUGAUUGUCUCCCUACCGUAUCUAGAAGAACUAUUAAAUAUCUUCCGCCCCGUAUGCCUUUUCACCGCCAUUGGUCUCUACCGUUUGCAGAACGCCGCCUCACCGAGGACUUUCCUAUUCGACACAUUAAAAUCCACCUUGCAACAAACACCUCACCAGCAGACCAAGUAG